AUGCCCCCCAGGAAGAGGACGCGACAGGGCCUGGGCUUCCUGUGCUGCUUUGGCAGCAGCGAGCCCCCGGAGAUCAACCUGAAGGACAGCGUGCCACUGCAGCUGCUGGAGUUCAGUGCACCCAUGCCGCCUGCUGAGGAGCUGCAUGCACGUUUCUCCGAACUGGUGGAUGAGCUGGAUCUGACGGACAAGAACCGGGAGGCCAUGUUUGCUUUGCCCGAUGAGAAGAAAUGGCAGAUCUACUGCAGCAAGAAGAAGGAGCAAGAGGACCCCAACAAGCUGGCCACCAGCUGGCCCGACUACUACAUCGACCGCAUUAACUCCAUGGCGGCUAUGCAGACUUUGUUUGCCUUUGAUGAGGAGGAAAUGGAAAUGAGGAACAAGGUGGUGGAAGAUCUGAAGACAGCACUUCGGACUCAGCCGAUGAGGUUUGUCACGCGCUUCAUCGAGCUGGACGGCCUCACCUGCCUCCUCAACUUCCUGCGCAGCAUGGACUACGAGACGUCGGAGAGCCGCGUCCACACCUCCGUCAUCGGCUGCAUCAAGGCCCUGAUGAACAACUCGCAGGGCCGAGCGCACGUCCUGGCCCACCCGCAGAGCAUCAACACCAUCUCACAGAGCCUCCGGACGGAGAACAUCAAGACCAAAGUGGCAGUGCUGGAGAUUCUUGGGGCAGUGUGCCUGGUGCCAGAUGGACAUAAGAAGGUGCUUCAAGCCAUGGCACACUACCAGAAAUACGCUGCUGAGAGGACCCGCUUUCAGACGCUGCUGAAUGAGCUGGACAGAAGUACAGGCCGCUACAGAGACGAGGUCAACUUAAAGACUGCCAUCAUGUCCUUCAUCAACGCCGUGCUUAAUGCUGGAGCUGGAGAGGACAACCUGGAGUUCCGCCUCCACCUUAGGUACGAGUUCCUGAUGUUGGGCAUCCAGCCGGUCAUCGACAAGCUCCGAGAACAUGAAAACGCCACUUUGGAUAGACAUUUGGACUUCUUUGAGAUGGUGAGAAAUGAGGAUGACUCUGAGCUGGCCAAAAGAUUUGAUCUGACCCAUGUAGAUACGAAGAGUGCCGGUGCCAUGUUUGAGCUGAUCAAGAAGAAGCUGAGCCACACAGAUUCCUACCCACACCUCCUCUCCAUCCUGCAACACUGCCUACAGAUGCCCUAUAAGCGUAGUGGUGGCACCCUGCAGCACUGGCAGCUCUUAGACCGGAUCCUCCAGCAGAUAGUCCUGCAGGACGACAAGGGAGAGGACCCUGACAUCUCCCCUCUGGACAACUUCAGUGUCAAGAACAUCAUUCGCAUGUUGGUCAAUGAGAAUGAGGUGAAACAGUGGCGAGAACAAGCUGAGAAGUUCAGAAAAGAGCAUGCAGAGCUGCUAGCUAAACUGGAGAGGAAAGAGCGGGAGUGUGAUACCAAGACACAGGAAAAAGAGGAGAUGAUGAAGACUUUGAACAAGAUGAAGGACAAACUACAACGUGAGGGUGUGGAGCUGCGCUCGGCCCGGGAACAAGUGUUGGACCUGUCGUCGCGCAUCAAUGACUUCUCUGGCAGCAAUGGGUCCUUCCCACCUCCACCUCCCCCUCCCGGGGGCCCUAUGGCUCCACCUCCACCUCCUAUGACAUGUGGUUUCCCUCCACCUCCACCUCCUCUACCAUUCAGCUGCCCACCUCCUCCUCCACCUCCUCCUCCACCUGGAGCACCACCUCCUCCACCAGGAGCUCCGCCCAUUUUUGGAGCCCCGCCUCCUCCUAUCCCCUCAUCGUUCAACUCAAUGAGCACCAUGCGCUCUAAGUCCAUCCCUCAGCCUUCGCACCCGCUGAAGUCCUUCAACUGGGCCAAACUAGGAGAGAAUAUGAUCAAUGGCACCAUCUGGAGCGACAUCGAUGACCUGAGAGCUUUCAAGAUCCUUGACCUGAAGGACAUAGAGAAGAUGUUUUCAGCAUAUCAGAGACAGCAGGACCUGCUCACUAACCAAUCCUUCAAACAGAAAGAGACGGGCUCGAUGGACGACAUAUACGUCAGCACGCGGAAGGUCAAAGAGCUGUCAGUCAUUGAUGGCAGACGUGCACAGAAUUGUGUCAUCCUGCUUUCAAAGUUAAAAAUGAGCAAUGAAGAAAUCAAGAGGGCGAUCCUGGAGAUGGACGAGAGAGAGGAGCUCGCUAAAGAUAUGCUGGAGCAGCUUUUGAAGUUUGUCCCAGAGAAAAGUGAUAUCGACCUGUUGGAGGAGCACAAACAUGAGCUGGAGAGGAUGGCCCGGGCUGAUCGCUUCCUCUUUGAGAUGAGCAGAAUUGACCAUUACCAGCACAGACUGCAAGCUCUGUUCUUUAAGAAGAAGUUUGCAGAGCGUCUUGCUGAAACAAAGCCUAAGGUUGAAGCCAUCCUGAAUGCGUCCAGGGAGGUGGUCCGGAGCAAGCGUCUGACUCAGGUCCUGGAGGUGGUGCUGGCCUUUGGCAACUUCAUGAACAAAGGCCAGAGAGGCAACGCCUACGGGUUCAAGAUCUCCAGCCUUAACAAGAUUGCUGACACCAAGUCCAGCAUAGACAGGAGCAUUACCAUGUUGCACUACUUGAUCAUGAUCUUUGAGAAGAACUACCCGGACACUCUUCAUGUCCAGGAGGACCUCAGCAGUGUACCAGAGGCUGCCAAAGUCAACUUGGCAGAGUUGGAAAAAGAAGUGCACAGUAUCAGAAGUGGACUGAAGGCUCUGGAGGCGGAGCUGCACUACCAGCAGAGCAGGACGAGGGAACGUGGGGAUAAGUUUGUGGCUGUGAUUGGUGACUUCAUCACGGUGGCUGGCUUCAGCUUCUCUGAACUAGAGGACCAGCUGAGUGAGGCCAAGGACAAGUUUGCCAAAUCUCUGAAGCACUUUGGGGAGGAAGAAGGGAGGAUGCAGCCGGAUGAGUUCUUCGGGAUCUUCGACACCUUCUUGCAGUCGUUCAGCGAAGCACGGCAGGACCUUGAGAACAUGCAGCGACGCAAAGACGAGGAGGAGCGGAGGGCCCGGAUGGAGGCCAUGCUUAAGGAGCAGAGAGAGCGGGAACGGCGGGCCAAAAAGAGUGGAGCCACGGAAGAAGUUGGCGGGGAGUUUGAUGAUCUGGUCUCGGCAUUGCGCUCCGGCGAAGUCUUCGACAAGGACCUGAACAAGUUCAAGCGAAACCGCAAGCGCUCUGUCAAUCAGCUGGCGGAGGGUGGCGGCCGGGAAAGAACCGUUACUAAGGUCAACUACUAGGUCGGGAAAAAAGGAAGGAAAAACACCCAAUUCUGCCAUGGCGUUGUGCUCUUAACACCUUUAGUCCAGGUCGUGGGACAGUGACCGCUGACAUUGGAGAGGAUGUAAAUAAUGGCUGGACUGGACAUGUAAGAACAGCCAAGCCGUGUUGAAGGAUGCAGCACUCUCCUCUGAUUGGUCUUAUAAAGCUAUUUCCACUCUGAUGUUAUCAGGAUGGGCAGGUGGACAGACCACUGUGACACAUUAUCCCAUGCCAUUUGACCAUAUCCUUUAACACUGUGCUCAAGGCUCUCACGGUCUAUCACCCCACUGUUUUUCACUUUUCUCCCCGUUCACACGUCCUCUGCAAGUUCUUCGGUGCUGGAAAAGCCCUGUCAUGUAACUUUUGGGUUUUAAAGCACACAGGACACUGGGCUCAGACAGUCAUGCUGUACAUAGUCACGAGGCCAAGAGAAAGGUUUAGAAAAAGGACUAUGAAGCAUCUCCAGGCGGAUUUAGAAAAAGGAAGUUAGAGGGAACUAAACCUCAGCGGUCAGGUGUUCCCCAGAAAAGAAAGUCAAGGAGUCAGCACAUCCCAGAAUGAUUUUUAGGCUUCUGAAAGAGUGAGGAGGGAUACAGGUUCAUCCCAACGUUCUUCAGGAAAGACGUGCCCAUCCCAAUGUGCUCAGCUCUUCUCAAGGAAACUUCUCAGCCUGAUCCACCUGAUUAAAAGAUGACUGUGCCACAUGGGUCAGGCCCCACCUUCACUCUGACAUGGUUCCAACAUCGUUCUGGCAUUAGCAGUGCCAAAGGAAAGAGAAAACUAAUGUAAAUGUAUUAAUACAAAACAUACUGCAAUUAGGCGUUGAUAUAUAUUUAUAUUUAGAUGCAGACAAGCUAAUUGCAAAGAGGUCUUUUUUUAUGUUUUGGGAUUUUGUACACGCAAUGCAUUAUUUGUUGGUGUUGCAAGUUGCUGUUGAAGUGAAUUUCUAUACAUUUUGCGCUUUAUGUAAAAAACAAAAGAAAAAAAAAAGAGAUAAUCGCUCAUCUUUUUCACACUUGUAUGUCUUGUUUGCACUGCAGCUUUUCUGACAGACCUUACACUCAGAAGUCCACAAGCCAAUGACAGCAUCCUCUCUGUUAUCAGAUUAUCUGUAUGAAGGAAUGCCAUAAAAUUCAUUUAAAGGCAUAAGCUGCAGUUACUUCACAACAACACUCUCGCUCUGCAGUAAGGUUAAUUUCUAACUGUAAUCUGCUCAUCAUUCAGCAUCUCUCUGCUUUUUGUUUUUUUCCCCAGUUAUUCCACUGUAAAGUUACACCGCACCAUGUGAUGAGUCUCUUAUUGUAAUGUCAGGGUACAACAAAGCACUUAAAAGAGGGUAGGUGGGACACUCACGGGAAGAACAUACCAGAGCAUGUCAUAGAAAAGAAUCCGUACUUUCAUCUUUUUCUGCAGCCUCUCAUUCAAGUCAAUCAAAUCAAACCCACAAAGUGAAGCCAGCCUCCUUUUUCUUAAAGGUUUUUGAAGUAUUCAGGGUGGUAGGCAUGAGGCUGCAGUGUAAUCAGUAUUAGCAUCUGUUUAUUUUUAAAGAUGGCAGUACACAUAGACUGUAUUAAAAGAUGGAUGUAGCCACAGUGAUGUCGCUCGGUUUUUGAAGUCCCAUUAUAAAGCCAUCUUUUUUUUUUUUUUAAUUUUUUUGUUUUGUUUUGUUUGGGUUUUUUUUUUUUUUUUUUUGGACCAGAAGUGACCAUAUUUGAAUGAAAGGGCGGAGUGCUAAUUUAUCAGCUAACAUUAGCUUUAAUUAUCAGGUAUCUGUGUUGCUUUUAUGGAUGCAGCUUGCUAAGUAACAUACAAAUAAAGUACUAGAAUUUCACUACCAAAACUGGGGCACAGAUGGUCUGUUAGUGCACACCAAUCAGUGUCUCCAGUUUACUGAAGUGAAGCCUACCAGACUUAUCAGUAGAGGCCACGCCCCUAAUAGUAAUGAUAACUUUAAGUUUGAAUAAAGUUUAAAUGGGUAAGUUGCACAAAAAAAAACAAAAAACUUAUGAAGUGAGAAAAUGGCUAAAGAGACCAAAACUGUAAACAUGUUUAUUUUUGCUUUAAGCUGGAUUUUAACAUGGGAGUCAAUGGAGGUUGACUCACUUUUGGAGCCAGCCUCCAGUGGCUAUUAAAGGAAUUGCAGUUUUUAGGCACUCUGUUGGCUUUGUUUUAGAGAGGUCCCAGAGGUUUCCACUUGGGCACACUUUAGCUGUCAUCUUGUAAGUGUUCCCACAGAGGGGGCUCUAAUCAUGAGGUGGAAAGUGAGUAUCGAGCUUACAUUUUCAUGUCAGGAAUCCCACUGAUCCAGAAUAAGAGAGGUCGACCCACCGCAUUUGUAUUUCUAACAGUGGCUUCCCCAGAUUGCCCUUCUGUCUGCAGUUUUCUGUUCCUCCAUGUGUAAACGCUCACCUUUAAGUGCCUCUCAUCCUGUUUUCACAUGUAUGUAUUUGUGGCUUGCAAAGCAAGCUUACAGUAUUUGGUAGUGUAAUGGUGCCAUCUUGUGGCCCAAUAUCGUGCACUUCAUAACCAGUCAAAAACAGCUCUCUUCAGUACUUUCCAAAUAGCUCCAGCAGGUGCAGCUAAAUGUUUCCUCAGAGGGGUGUGGUAUUACAUGUUACCUGUGCACAGGUAAACUUAUUCACUUCCUUUUAUCCAGAGUUCUUCCACAGUUACACUUUGUGCCAUCAGAUUUUGUUCCUUCAUUUUUUUUUCUCCCCCCUCUGAAGCAGAGAGAAGCUGCCGUGAGGUUAAAAACAUGAUGUGACAGAAAUUGUGUCUCAGUCUGUAGAGAUUAACCAGUUAACCAAAAUCAUUUAAAACAUUCAGACGCUUUUUAAAUUUAAAAAAGGAGGGAAUUAUAUGAUUCCCUCUCUUUAAACCAGCAUCUUGUGUAUAUUUGAGUUCUUCUGUUUUCUAACCUAUGGCCCUUUUUGAGUUAGACUUAAGCAGAUUCUUUAAACCCUUCAUUCAGAGCUUUAACCCGUGCUGUAGUGCAGACUAUUUCCUGAGGGGUAUUGUCAGUAUUAAAACCUAUUUGUGUUACAUGGUUAGAUCUUGGCCAUUGACUGGCUGAUUUUUGGAGUGUAAAGAUGGAAAUAAGUAGCGUGUUUCAAUGCACUUUGAAGAUGGGACAUUUUCAUUUGCAGCGAGGGCUGAGAUCCCUCUAGAAAUUAGAAGGGUGCAACGAAAGUGUGGUGCAAAAUAACAAUUAAAAAAAAAAAAUUAAUUAAACCUGGCAUGUAGAGGAAAGAGAGGAAAAGGGGCAAGUGAGGUUGAGGACUCCGGCUGGGCCGCUGGGAACACUUUAAGAGUCUGUUGAAUGGCAGAGAUGGGAUUUGUGGGGAAGCUAAGAGGUGACAGAGCAGGAGAGUUUUAAAGCCUCGCCUGUAUCCUGCUUUGAGUCUGGGGAAGAAAGGAAAAAAGGGGGGGAUUGGGUGGGGGGGUUUAUGUCACCACCACAUUUCUGUCAUUACAUGGCGUUGAGCUGCAUGCCUAAAGACGGGUGCACAAAGUGUGAUGUGUUUCUCCUUUCGUAGAAAACUGCUUGCAAACUGAAAUGCACCUGUUACAUCACAGCCUGUACUGCCUGAGAAAAGUUGCACCCAUUCUUUGAGCUUGUAUAAUUGUGAGGAGUCAGUAUUUUUAUGGUUGGAAAAUAUAUUAAAAAAAAAAAAAAAAAAAGUAACAUCCACCUGAAAGAUGGACGGUUGGAGAAAUUUAAAAAAAAGAAGCAUUUUGUACACGGUUCUUGAUGUGAGAUAAGAUUAAAAAAGAUGAAAACAUGAGGAAUGUUCCAUUUUUCCUGUAAAUUGUACCUCUAUUUAUUUGCCUUAUUUAGUUUGCUAUAUUUUGUAUGUACACACAGCAUUACAAAAAAUGUUAUAUUAAAAAUCAGAAUCAUUAAACUGUGGUCUGUGUAUGAGGGAUAGUUCUGACACUUCUAUGAGAACAAGAAGCUUUUUUUUUCAUUUGUUUUGGUUUUGUAAUUUUUUUUCUCACCCUGUGUCUUUUGUAGGGUUACAAUAAACUUUUGUCCC